UUCCUCCACUGCUCCGCUCCGCGCCGCGCGACACCCUAACCUACCCGCCCCCUCUCGCUCGCCUGCUUCUGCGCUCGCGGCCGCCGUGAUGGCGUCGAGGGAGGUGCUCAUGCUGGAGGCGCCACCGGCCGAGGCGGCGGGGGUGCCGUGGCGCGCGCCGCCGGACGCGGAGACGGUCGACGCGCUGCCCUACAUCGACGGCGACUAUGGAGACCCGGCGGUCAAGCGGGAGGUGGACCGCCUCGUUGAGGAGGAGAUGCGCCGAGCGCACCGGAAGCCAGCCGACUUCCUCCGCGACCUCCCCCCUGUACCCUCCGCCGGAUUCCAGGAUCAUCCUAUGCUUGCGAAAGAGUAUGAACGUGUUAGAGCAGGCAAGCCACCUGCUACCAUAGAGAUGUCCCGCUAUGGUUUGGAGCCACCCCCAGCGAACAAGAGGAAUGAUGUUGCUGCUUGGAGGCAGGCUCUACGGAAUGCUCAGAGCCAACUGCAGCAUCAAAUUAUAAGGAUUGAGAAUCUGGAGCUUAUGCUGAAGCACGGUGUUGAGGUUUGGAAGCUCCAGAACAGGAAAAUGGAAUCGGUUUUGUCUAGGAUGCAAAAGAUGGCUUUGGAAUACAACGAAAAAAUAGAAACCGUCAACCGUGAGAGGAAAUUUCAUCAGCAAAACACUGGUGGGCAACUCCAUGCAUUGACAGUAGAAUGGCAGGAACUGUGCCAGAAAAAUAUAGCUAUUCAAGCUGCCUGUGUUGAUCUGCAGAAUCAGAUUGAUCAGCUUAAACUUGAAGCUAAAGAACAGGGAAUACUAGUGGAUGACAGCAAUGGAACUAAUCUGCAAACAUCAAAAGGGAUUUGAGAAUGUCAUUUCUGCUGUUGACAGGUUGAGAUGUUUCUAGACACAGAUGUAGGAAGGAAGAAGCUGUAAUGACCCUGGUUCCAUGAGAUGUCUGCUAGAGGUUCCAUUAGCCACCGUGCUUACUUGACCUGCAACUGUGAGUUCCGGGUUCCGGAUACAAACCCAGGUACCUUGACAAAUCCCAUCUGUUGACUGUACAUGGUGGCAUGUGCUGGUGAACACCUGGUAGAGAAACAGCUUAAACACAUGUAGUGUUGUGUGGUGGAUUUGUUAGUGUUAUGUGGCAAGAGGAACAGAAUGCCCAUCUUAUUUGUUUAUUGCAAACGGGCGCUGACUUUUCUGGGUGUAAUUGUACGUUUUGACAUUGAAUUAUGAGCUGAAUCUUUGGUGCUUCUGCCCUGAAA